ACGCUCAUCGGCUCAUCGCGACCUGCUCACCGCCGCACCGCGCCUCCUCUUCCCAGGUGCUGAAGCGCCGCCGCCCCGCCCUCCGGCCUCCGCACCUCCGGGGCCCCUUCCCGCUAUCCUGCUGCAGCUCCUCCGCCCGCGCCGAUCGCUUCUUCCCUGCUGCCCUGUUCUCCCUCGCGGCACCGCCUCGGAGUGCCAAGCAGCCGCCGGACGGCCGGAGCUAGGGUUUCGACAGGAAAUCACCGCGGCCCGGGCGCCGGUCGGUUCGCCGGCUUCGUCUCUCUCAUCUCGUUCAGUGGUUAAACUUUUGUGAUAUCCUUCUCCACUUAGCUGCAUCGCAAGGAGAAUGGCAAGCAAAGCAGGUGAUGACGGCAAAGAAGCCAUAAAUGAGCAAAUAAUCGCCAACACUUAUGCCAACAUGCGCACCGAAAUGAACCAGCUCUACACCAAGAUCACGGAGCUGGAGAUGGAGGUCGGCGAGCACUCUCUCGUGAUCGGCGCGAUCGAGCCGCUGGACCCCUCGAGGCGCUGCUACAGGAUGAUUGGUGGCGUCCUGGUGGAGAGGACCAUCAAGGAGGUCCUGCCCGCAGUGAAGCGCAACAAGGAGGGCCUCGAGGAGGUGAUCGCCCGCAUGCACGAGGCGCUGGAGAGGAAGAAGAAGGAGAUCACCGAGUUCGAGCUCAAGUACAAGAUCAGGAUUCGUAAGGCCGACAACGACUCUGAGGAAGGCGGGAAGAAGGAAGGCACUGCGCAGGGAGUUCUUGUUGGUCCUGCGGGGCAGUAAAACCGAGCUAUACAGACCUGCAUGCUACAAGUUACUUACUUUGCGGUGCCAGAUUGCUUCUUUGCUAGAAGUGGAAUGAUAUCUGUGUGUUUUAGGGGUGAUGUGCUUAUGCAGAACAGACGUUUUUGUGUUGAACACGAUAUUAUGCUUAGAUGAGAACCUCAUUGGGAGCUGAAUAGUUGGCGGGCAAGUUGUGUCAUCCAGCGUCUGUUCUUCAGGUGCUAUGUUUCUGAUGGAAUGUUUCAGAUUUCACAAAACUUUUGAGUUCCGCAAGGGUGUUCUUAUAA